GGCCAUGCCAACGCAGCAUGUAAGUCUCCCAGAGCUCUCUGCCAAGGGAAACUUAUGCUGGGAAAAGGUGCUGCGGACCUAUUGCGAGUUUGGAGUGCAGCAAGAGUAUGAAAACCUCAGCGAAGAAGGCAAGAAGACUAUGCUGACAGCGCUGGCCAAUUCAGCGCAAAUGUUUGCACAAAUUAAAGUCAACUCAAGAAAGGCAACACGUGGAAAGAAAUCCCUGAAAUGCUCUGGUGAAGACCCUUUGGUUGAAGCCUUGCUUGAAACCGUUCGUGAUAGGACUGUAGUCAGUGCAGAAGAUGAGGUGUUCGAUGAUGUUCGGUUUCAGUUCUUGGGAUCUUGGGGUGUGCCGACAAGCUCCGAAAUGCUCAUUAUCGAGCAUCAGGUUUCAGAGUUUCACCGCCAUGAGCUUCUAGCCAAGAAGGGCAAAGACAAGUCCAAGUCAACUGUGGAGAUGCGUACCACAAAUCAUUCUGUGCAGAAGUCCAGCGAAAAUAGUUCAUGGGAUGUCUUGAAACCCAUGUCAAUUUCCCAGCUCAAACUCUUUCAGACGAUGAAAGGCAUGCGUUUAGAAUGCAAAGUGGUCGGGGAGCCUUGUCACCAAGUUGGAAUCACCACAAUUCUGCAAGACGCCUAUGGAAGUGCCGUUCAAUGUGGCAUUUACAAUCUCAGAGGGGUGGUUGAUCAGCAAUCAGCUGAAAGAAUGCUACCAAAUGGAUGCACAGUGAUCAUCGCAGAACCUUUUCUGAAGAUCAUGAUGGACGGAAAGCGCGGAAUACGAGUGGACAACCCCGCUGAGAUCCACAUAUUUUUGCCUGGUUGCAGAAGUCUUCCCCCUGCUGGAAGCAUAGCAGCAGGCAAGUAUCAGGCACCGCAAACAAAGGCUGAAAACCGGGCAGAGGUGCAAGGUCAAAACAAUCUGGCAGAGCUUUUGGACGAUUGCAAGGUUGGCCAGCGUGUCAGAGUCAAAGGAUUGACAUCAAAGAAAGGUCUGAGCUUGAACGGACGGCUGGGCGUCAUUGCCGCUCAAGAGAAGGAAGACUUGGAGCGUGUGACGGUGGAAAUCGAUAGCGACACUGGCAAGCCAGAAGUUUUCAAGAUACAGACGGGCAAUUUGGAGGUCCUCGAAGACUCUUCCUUGGAUGAGUUUUUGGAGGUCAAGACCAAAGCCAACGAGGCAUUUUCCAGAGGUGAGCUGGAUGUUGCUGUUGACGGCUACAACACAGUUGUAAGGCAAUUGUCUUCUCACAAGACUCCGAAAGGACUUGAAGAGCUGACCAAGUGUCUUUGCAACCGGGCUCUCUGUUUCUUGAAGCAACGGAAGUGGGAUCCAGCAAAGUGCGAUGCUGAGUUGGCCGUCGAACUUGAACCCGCCAAUGCAAAGUCGCACUUUCGACUAGCGUGUGCUAUUUUUCGGGAGGGAGAAGUUGCAAGCCAAGAGGACAUAAAUCAGGCUGCCUUCCAUACUUGUGUUGCCCUUGCGCUACUUCCAAAAGCAGAACCUUCCAUGAUUGAUUUGCUCGGAGCUGUUGCUGCAAAGUCUGCGAAGCCUGUGCCACAACAGCAUGAGAUCGCGUCAGUCAGCACAUCUUCGCGCCUCAGUUCUACUUUGGCAAUGCAGCAGAUCAAGUUCAUAGUACUGCAGCCUGGUGACUACCAAUGCCCUGCACUGGUGCCUCACAGGGUGACCCACGACUUGACAAUUGUGGGCCUGGGACAUGUCACGUUUUUGAAGAGCCACAGACAUGUUCUGUCAGUUUGUGGUGCCCGGCUUCACUUGAGCAACGUUAGAGUGACUGAUGGAGGCAAGUAUGACUUGGGAUAUGCCGCUUUUGGCGUGAAAGGAAGCACGGGGUGGCUGACGCUCUCCAGAUGCAUUGUGGAAGACACCUGUGAAGUUGGGAUCAUCGCAGCAGCUGAAGGCCGCUGCACCAUUGAAGACUGCCAGUUUCGCCGGAGCGGUCGACACGCCGUGGAGGUGAGAGGGAUGGGGCAAGUGGAGAUCCGACGGUCACAGUUCAGCCAGGUAUGGCAAGGCGUGUGUGCAUACGCAGGAGCCCGCAGUGUUGUUAUGGAAGAUGUAUUGAUUGAACACUCCACCAAUGAAGGUGUCAUGGCUUCAGGAGACUUUGAAACUCCGGAAAGCAAGAAACUUGGGAAAGAUACAGGUUGCGAAGGUCCUGGGAUGCCAGGCUGGCGCGGCAGACUGGAAGCAACUAAAAUGGGCCAAGAGACAUCUAUGUUGGCAAGGGCUCGAGCAGAGGAUUUGGAUUGGAAUGGCAGGCUUGUUUUGUCGAUGUCAAACUGCAGCAUCAAGCACUCUCGAGGAUUGGCUUGCAGCAUUGACGAUGGCUGCGCGGCAGUGUUAAACCGGUGCACUUUUGAGGGGACCAUGAAGGGAACCUCAAACCCGUGGCCUGGAAUCGGCGUGCUGGUCAAGGGCGGGUCGGAUGCCACAAUCAGCUGUUGCCGGUUCCUCAAAAAUGUUUUUGGCGUACGGGUCGGGUUUAACUACAGCGGGAGUGUUCUGGUGGAAGGCUCGGUUUUUGCCAGAAACUUAUUGGCAGAUGUGAUGGACGAAACAAGUACAAAAGCCAUGAAGAUGCGCGAAGUAUUGCAGAAACAUGGCCCAAAAGACCUGCAGGACAAAAUUUCUGCAAACCGCCAGCAGCAUGAAAAAGCGGGUGCUUGGAGUUCACAUCAGGCAGUGCGACAGUCAGGGAACAAGUUCCUGUCCAACUCCGAGCGAGUUCCUGAAGUCCAUGAGUUGCAGCCUGGCAUCGAAGGCAAACAGCCGUUACCGCAAAAGUUGGCCUGGGAAGCUGCUGCACGAGGAAACUACGAUUUGACCACUGCUUGUCCCUGCGGUUUUUCUUGUACAGAGCUUGGGAACAGUGCAGAGUGCAAUCAGCUUGGCUUGGGAAAUCAUAUCGAUUUUCCCCCUUUUAUGUGCUUGCCCUGCAGUGAAAGCUUGAGUGCAAAGCAGGAUGAUCCAAAUGCGCAGUUCUACUUUCGGACCGCUGACAGAGUCCCUUCACGUCAUUGGUGUUUGGUGGGGCAAGUCAUCUCGGUUGAUCUUCCACGCACCGCAGAUGCCCAUUCGUUCAUGGUCUCCUCUGGUGUGGAUGCGGCAAAAAGCAUCAAACUUCGAACAAAAUUUGCAGAUCAGUCAGCUGAGGUCUGCGAUGUGGAAGUCUUGUUGCUAUCAGACGAGCCUUUGGUCCCUGGAAGCUCCAAGAUUGAAGCAGGCUCUACCCUGGCAAUUCUAUAUGCAGAGGCGAAUGACGUUGACAUCACCAGUGGAACUGGCCAGGUGCUUGUGAAGAAGAACUCUUUGGUCUAUUCCUUUAGUGCCUCACUUGAAGUUCUCAUCGCUCAGGGAUUCAACUGCUCCACGGGAGAGGCCAAUUGUGGUGGCUGCGGUCAAGAGGUAUUGCCUUCUUCACGAAACUGCAGUGGUUGUGGCAUUCUGCGAUACUGCAGUGAGAAGUGCCAAAAAUCCGACCGAAGUCACGAGCAGCUGUGUCCUCAAAUGGCCAUGCUCCAACGCCUUGUGUCCGUGGAUUUCAGAAGCUUCAGCUCUCACUUCAGCUUUGCUUCCUGGGCGGACGAGCUCCACGUCAAGCCCAAAGAAACGGCACCACAAAUUCUGGAGGUCCCACCAGAAGAGGUCUCGCUGGAGGUUCCGACUCCUGCUCCAAGCGAAAGAGUUCCUGCAGCAGAAGACUUGUGUAAUCUGCUGGAUUCGGUGGUCGAUGGCGAGCUGGCUGAAGCCAUCCAAAGAGUUGAAGAAGCACUGCAGGAGAAAGAUGCAGACGGCUCUUUGAUUAUCACCAAGAACAGUGGCCGCAACAAGCUGCAGAACAAACUGAAGCGAGCUAAAGGGCGUCUUGCCAAAAUGGAGAGCAAGGAGCCAGUUUUGGCGCCAGUCGAAGAUGUUGGGAUCGUCGAGUCGAAAAUCGAGGAAGCGAUCCCAGAGUAUGAAGAGCAUCCAACCGGAAGUCUGGAUGCUUCGAAAAGCAUCGGUGUAGGUUGCAUCGACCACCAUGGAUAUCAUGGAGUUGACUGGUUGCCUUCAUGGGCCGACUUGUCAUAUCGUGGCUGGCACAAGUGCCGGAAGUUCAGUCAUCUUUUCUUGUCCUAUCCGAAGAGUAUCCAGAGCCCUUCGGAGCACUGGUGCACCAACAUCAAUCCUACCGCCUUUUGCUCUGACUUCAUGGAGGUGAUUUCCCAGCCGUACAAGCCUCGUGUUCUGAGUUGUUGGGGGCACUCCGAAACCCGCCCUGGCAACCGCAUUCCAAACAUGGCAGAUGGUACAAGGCUCUGGAAGAUUCGUCCGAGUGAGAUCACCUUUAGUCAAGACUCCAUCGGCAAGAAGUUCACAGAUGGCAACUCAUUGGAUGACACAUUGGAGAAACUUCUUUCUGGAGACUGCAAAGUUGAGGAAAUUGAGAAAAUCAAAAUCACCUGGCAUGCUCAUCCUGAGAAGUCUCCGGGUAUAGCACGGUGGUGGACCUACACCGGGAACAGGAGACUUUCUCUUUACCAGACUUUGGAAGAAAAGGGCCACUUGCAAUACAUAGUCGCAGAAUGGGUCAAUGCGCCAGUGCCGGAAUGGCGAAUGACUACCGAAAGGCCGGGUGAUCGACCUUUCGUGCGUAGGUGACAUUUUCAACUGAGCCAACUGAUUCUUUGGAAGGACCUGGCAAGCGAUGCCGGGAACUGCAGUUGACUUUUCUUGGCAGAUUGCCACUUGAGGCGAGUGGAUAGAUUGGAUGGAAAAAAA